GGCCCGCGCAGGCUAGGUGGGCGUGGGCAUGUCGCCGACUCGGUCGCCUUUGUCCGCGUUGCGGGCGGCCCUGCGCGUCUACGCGGUCGGCGUGGCGCUCCUGGCGCUGCAGCUCCUGCGCCGCUGCCGCGGGGGCUUCUCGCAGCCAGGUUUCUGCCCACAACCGGACCGCGUGGCAGUGGUGACUGGAGGAACGGAUGGCAUCGGCCUCUCCACGGCCAGGCUGCUGACCCGACUCGGCAUGCGCGUGGUCAUAGCUGGAAAUAACAAAGACAGAGCUGAAGAAGUGGUGAGCAGAAUAAGAGAGGAAAUGCUGAAUGCUAAAGUGGAAUUUUUAUACUGUGAUCUGGCUUCCAUGCGGUCUAUCCGGCAGUUCGUCCAAAAAUUCAAGAUGAAGAGAAUCCCCCUCCAUGUCCUCGUCAAUAAUGCUGGAGUCAUGAUGGUGCCUCAGCGGAAAACCGAGGACGGAUUUGAAGAACACUUUGGCCUCAACUACCUGGGUCACUUCCUGCUCACCAACCUCCUCCUGGACAGCCUGAAGGAGUCUGGGUCCCCGGCCCACUGCUCCAGAGUGGUCACUGUCUCCUCUGCCACGCACUAUGUCGGCGAGCUCAACAUGGAGGACCUUCAGGGCAGCCGCUCCUACUCGGCCCACGGAGCCUACGCGCAGAGCAAACUGGCCCUGGUCAUGUUCUCCUACCACCUCCAGAGGCUGCUGGGUGCCCAGGGCUGCCACGUGACUGCCAACGUGGUGGACCCCGGCGUGGUCAACACGGACCUCUACAAGCACGUAUUCUGGGGCACGCGUCUGGUGCAGAAGGUUCUAGGCUGGUUGCUCUUCAAGACCCCCGAUGAAGGAUCCUGGACUUCCGUCUAUGCCGCGGUCAGCCCGGAGCUGGAAGGAGUGGGUGGCUGCUACCUGUACAACGCGAAAGAGACCCAGUCCCUCAAGGUGACCUACGACCAGAAGCUUCAGCGACAGCUGUGGGCCCAGAGCUGCCAGAUGACCGGGAUCACUGAUGUGACACGGGACAUCGUUUUGGGAUAACUGUGUCACCGGGAUUUUGCCAGCACUCAGUGGUCGGGGACUCUGAGCACCAGGAUGCGUGUGAUUCUGACACUCAGCUGCCCCCGGGGCUCGGGCCUCGAGUCUUGAGUCGAUCGGCCUCAUCUUUGCACGAACUCAGCAUCCAAUGUGAUGUUCGAGUUGGUGGUUCCCAAAUGCCAAACUGUCACACGAGUGCCCUGAAAAUUAAAUCUCUCCAAGUAAA